AACUUCUUCGCCAUGUUUCCUUGAUCAUAACAUUGCCAUCCUAAAGAAACUUUUUGUUUAAUUUUGAGGAUGUCUUAACUGCAACUGUCUCUGCUGAUUCGUAAUUCCAAAUGAAUUUACCACGAACGGACCAGCCAUGGCGUGUUUAGAAAAUCUGAAACAGGACAUACGGAUCCUGGAGAGCACUUUCCCCAGACAAAACGAACGGUUUCAGAUUCUGACAGUCUCGGUUGACGAGAUAUCUUGUCGAUUUAUCGACAGAAAUGGUGACAAACAUCGUAUUCACGGCAAUAUUACGGAGACAUAUCCACAGAUGGCUCCAAUGUGGUACAUAGACGAUGAUGAUAGCUACAUCAGUGCUGCAAUCCAAGAACUGGAGAGAGCCCCACCUACCAAAAAUAACAUUUUGCAACAAGUGAAGAUGUUGGUAACAACACUUUGUCGCCUGAAUGAAGUCCCUGUACCUGAGGCCAUGUCCCACAUAGACCAUGCACUAACAGAAAGGGGCAUGGUGAUUUCUGAUGAGGACGAGGAUGACGAAGACGAGGAACAGGAAGUAGAAGAUGAUGAUGGAGAGGAGGAAGUUUGUCACGACGACAUGGAGGAAGAUCCUCAAAAUGACCAGAGAAUGAAGGCGGAGGUAGCUGGUAUUGACACAGACAAUUUAAUGGUAUUGGAACGAUUGAGACAGAAUCAAAGACAAGAUUAUCUCAAG